AUGGCCGCCCCACACUCCUCCAAGCACGCAGAAGCAUAUGGCCAACCGACCCGGAAUCAGGCUCCGGGACAAUCAUCCGAUCCUUUCUCAUGGGACGAUGAGGGGUCGGAUAUCGAAAACGAUUCCGACGCGGAGCGAGCGGCAGAUACAUCCAAACCCCCCCAGUAUACCCCCCGGGACGGCGAACGCGAGCCGCCUCCCGCGAUGAACUACGCCCAUCCCUCCGGCGGAGCGACCCGGUCGAAGGCAGAGGAAGCGGGAUUCCCUCCAGCAUACGUGCCGGGAACGGGCCCGUCAUCGGAGGCGGGCCCAUCCACGGUGCCCUCUAUCAUCACGCCAGGCCAAUCCCUCUUCCACCCCAACAAAGUCUACCUCAUCGGGCCCUACACGCUAUUCUCCGGGAAGAUCAGCAUCAUCGACAUCACCACGCAGACAACGACCCUCACCCCCUCCGCGGACUUCAGCACCGAGGUGCCCGAGUCCCUCCGCAACGCCGCCAAGCGCACCUGGAAGGACAAAAAGAAGUUCGACAACAUCUAUACCAUCAAGUCCGACAACUUCUGGCGCACGCGCUUCGACGCGUACGCCGCGUCCCCGGCCGGCGCCCGCGUCCCCCUCUGCGCCAUCCACCACCCCGCCUACUCCUUCGCCGACGUCUCCUUCUCCUUCCCCGGGACGCCGACGAAGCCGCAGCGCUCGCUCCAGCUCACUCUCCCGACGCGCAUGGACAAUGGCGACGGUAGUGGACGGAAGAGCCGCAACGUGGUGUACCGCAAGCGCGAGUUCGUGCACGAGGGGUCGCUGUACAAGUGGGAAUUCGACUGGAAGCGGGGGUCGAACAAGUUCACGCUGUGGCGGCGGGUCGGGGAGGGGGAGAAGAUCGUGGCGCGGUUCGCGCAGGAUUGGGGUUCGAUCUACGGGACGAGCGUGUUGGUGGUGGACGACGCGUGGGUGGAUCCGCUGGUGGCGAACUUGACGGCCGUGGCGGUGUGUCGGCAGGUGAAACAGCGGAGGGCGGAGCGGAAGAGGCACCCAGCUAUGGGUGGGGAGUGA